UCAGUCGUUAAUAUAUACAAACCAAGGGUGUAUCAAUCGUUUUGUUUGUCCACUAAUCUAACGUAGACCAAACAUAACUGGUUUCGAGACAUUUACAUACCUACAUCUAAUCUACCUGUUUAAUUUAUUGAGGAACAUUUAGGUCAGUGCAUAGCAUAGGACAUGCAAAAUGAAAGCUCGUCGGGGAUUUGAACUCGGGACCUCACGCACCCAACAAGAUAAGCAUAACCUUAGAUUACCGCGAUGUUAAAAGUUGUAAAGAAGCAAACCUGUAGUCCAAUUUAAAAUCAUAGUUAGAACGUUGUAAUGUCACUUUGACGCGCGCUUAAUCUGGACAUCGAUCACGGAUCUGCGCAAUUUCAGCGAUUUAGGGAGGUCUAAUUAUCAAGGGUAUUCUCAUAGUUCAUGGGCUGUUUACAAAAUAGGCUUUCAGAUAUCACAUAAACACAGAGAUCCAACAUGCAUUUUAUAUUAUUGUAAAAUUGUUGAGAAUAUUUUACUGGCAAAAGUUAUGUUGUCAGAUUGUCACACAGAUUAGAUUAGAAUGUUGCAGAUGUGUUUUCAAGGGAAAUCUUCAAAAUACUUUAGGCCAGUGCUAGUUAAUAGAAGUGUAGCAUGUUAAUGAAUGGCUUUAUCUCGCUUUAGCCUACAUGUCUAACACUUUGUAUGGCUGUAGUUUAAUCAAUCAUGAUUAAUGGCACAUAGGCUAACCAGUAUUAUAACAACAACAUCAUAAAUGUAGGGGCCAUCUUUUGAAAUGCAUAGGCUAUAUAUAUAGGAUAACUGCUAAUAGGCAUAUGUUACAGUUCCAUCCCCGUGAAUUCACAAAAUUAGAAUUUGAUCCGUGAAGCUGUGUUCAUUCCAUGGUUCAUUCACAAAUCGCCAAUUUAAUGGGGCGUGGCUAUCGUAGCGGCGACAUAAGAAGACUCCCUGGAGCUGAGGUCACACCACCAGUGGCUUGUAUCUUAUAGUAGGGCCAUACCUCCAGACUCAUAGGCUAAAUAAAACAAUACUAUCACUGGAUAAUCACAUCGGACUACUAAAAGAGUCGUUUGGAGCUUAAUUUGUUUUUACAGUUUAGGCAGCGGAUUCACACAUUUGUUUACAAUGAAAUUCCACAAGGAUUUAUUUCUAUUGACAUUUAUUGUGAACGCGAACUGCUCUGCUGCUAUAUAUUGGCUUGGACUUACUGUAAAUGGGAGUUCUUUAGGCUGGAAUCAAACUAAUCAUUGCAAGCUGCUAGACGCGUUGGCCCAUGAGCAAUUGCAACUUUGUCGGCGAAAUAUCGAGUUGAUGCACAGUAUUGUCCACGCCGCCAAGAUGACCAAAAAUACAUGUCAGAACACCUUCGGUGACAUGCGGUGGAACUGUUCCUCUGUUGAAAAAGCCCCUCGUUUUACACCAGAUUUAGCAAAGGGCACCAGGGAGUCUGCGUUUGUGUUCUCACUAGCUGCUGCCGUAGUGAGUCACUCCAUCGCCAGAGCCUGCUCUUCUGGAGAGCUCCCCAGCUGCUCGUGCGCCCCAGCCCCUGCUGAACAGGCCGGGCCCGACUUCAAAUGGGGAGGAUGUGGUGAUAACCUGCACUAUGGUCUCCAAAUGGGAUCUGCUUUUUCUGAUGCACCGAUGAGAAACAGCAGAUCUGGCUCUCAGCCGUUCAGACUGAUGAACUUGCACAAUAAUGCAGUUGGAAGACAGGCACUUAUUGAUGCCCAGGAGACCAAUUGCAAAUGCCAUGGGGUGUCUGGGUCCUGCUCUGUCAAAACAUGUUGGAAGGGCCUCCAUGAUAUUAAUCACAUUGCCAUGGAUCUCAAAUCCAAGUACCUGUCUGCCACCAAGGUGAUCCAUCGUCAUGUUGGGACAAGGAAGCAGUUGGUCCCCAGAGAGUUGGAUUUUCGACCAGUGAGAGAGAGUGAUUUGGUCUACCUGAUCAGCUCUUCGGAUUACUGCACAUACAAUGAGAAGCAUGGCUCACUCGGCACACAGAACAGACAGUGCAAUAAGACAUCCAACGACAGUGGGAGUUGCAAUAUAAUGUGCUGUGGUCGCGGCUACAAUGCCUUCACUGAGAGAAUUGUGGAGAGAUGCCAGUGCAAGUAUCACUGGUGCUGCUAUGUCACCUGCAAGAGGUGUGAAAGGACAGUGGAGAGAUAUGUAUGCAAAUAAACUUUGCAUAGAGAAACUUGAGUAAACAUGAAGCACUAUUUUAACCACCAUAUCUUGUCAAGCUGUGCUGGCCCAGGUCACCUGACCUAACUCCCCGUGUCUUAGUACGUGGUCUGCAGGCUACAGUACAAUAAAAAACAAGAGGAACAACUCACAUACAAUACCAAAGAUAAACAGAUGGAUCUGGACUCCUCUGUUACCUGUUUUAAAGAGACUGGAGGAGGGCACUACUGUGAAAAAUAUUGUGUUACUUGAAGAGAAAAUGUGAUUGAUUGGGAGCUGUUAGCUAUUCAUGCUUGAUUAGUAACAUGUUCCUCAAUAGAAGAUUAGUUGAAUUGAUUACAAAGGAGGUACCCUAAAUGCAAACCGUCCAGUCAGCUUUAAGUUGUUCAACUGACACUGAAAAGCUUUUAACAAUUUACAUCUUACUCAUUAACUAAAUUGCCAAAUGAGAGGCAGAAUAGCUGAUUGAUCUCAUUUGAAUGUCCAUUUUAGUCCAAAGGGGCUAAUGCCAUAUACUCUUCAGUUUAGGUACAUUCUGAUCAUAGGCAUACAGAAUACAUUUUAGCUGUAUUUUAUGUUUUUAUUAAUACAUUAGGCAUGUUGAUGUACAUAAGUGCAAUUUUAUAUUUAUUUCUAUUAAAAAACUACACAAAAAU